CCAUCACCAAAUUAUUAAUCAAAGUCCUUGGGUUUGAUCAUCUCUCUUUCUUUCAUGGAAGCAAAGCUAAUUGUAGAAAACAAGACCCUUAUUUUCUCAACUGGGUAUGGAAGGAGACGUGACAUGCAGAAGCAGAAACACUCACCUUCUAUUGUGGCUGUAGCGACAAGGCCGGCGACAACGAUCACCGAAAACGUUGAUGAUCGGAGGAGAGUUACGAGCUCAAAGAAUAGUACUACUACUGUUUACAACGAUAACUGGUUCGACCGUCUUGCCACUCGCCAUCUCUCCCGUAGUGUCCAAGAUACGACAGGGUUGAGAAACAAUAAGGAUGGAUACGAGGGAUUGGUGGAGGCAGUAAGGGUGGUAUCGAAAAACUUUAAUCCAACCCAACAAAGUGAACUUGUGAUUCAAGCUCUUGACAAAGCCUUUCCAAGGCCUAUCCUCUCCCUGAUGAGAACAAUGCUAUCGCAAUCUAAAUUCACAAGGGAAUUUUUUGCCACCUUCACUACCAUAUUUUUUGCUUGGCUUGUCGGUCCAUGCGAGGUAAGGGAGAUGGAAUUCGACGGAAGCAGAGAGAAGAAUGUAGUCCACAUAAAGAAAUGCAGAUUUUUAGAGGAGUCCAAUUGUGUCGGAAUGUGCAUCAACCUUUGCAAGAUCCCGUCUCAAAAGUUCAUUAACGACUCCUUGGGAAUGCCAGUAAACAUGGUCCCUAAUUUUGAUGAUAUGAGUUGUGAGAUGAUAUUCGGUCAGUGUCCUCCCGCGCCAGAGAAUGAUCCAGCACUUGGGCAACCAUGCUAUAAACUAUGUAAAGCAAAGCAAAAGCACAGCACAAACUGCUCCAGCUAA